AUGUCUGGAAACCGACCUGAACACAUCGCGCCGCCCGAAGUCUUCUACAAUGCUGGAGAGGCGGCCAAGUACACCAACAACACGCGCGUCCAGUCUAUCCAGGCGGAGAUGACCUACCGCUGCCUCGAACUCCUCGACCUCCCGACGUCAGCCAUGGACGAGGAGGUCCCGCGAUCAAGCUUCCUGCUGGAUAUUGGCGCCGGAAGUGGGCUUAGCGGCGAGAUCUUGACGGAGGAGGGUCACCAAUGGGUCGGAAUGGAUGUCAGCGGUGGCAUGCUGGAGGUCGCUCUCGAGCGGGAAGUCGAAGGCGACUUGAUGCUCGCCGACAUCGGCCAAGGCAUCCCUUACCGACCCGGUUCCUUCGACGGCGCAAUCUCCGUCUCCGUCCUCCAAUGGCUCUGCAACGCCGACUCGUCCGCCCACUCUCCCGCCCAACGCCUCCUCCGAUUCUUCACCGACCUCUUCGGCUGCCUACGAAAAGGCUCGCGCGCGGUCUUCCAGUUCUACCCCGAGAGCGAUGAGCAGGUCAAGUUUAUCAUGACGCAGGCGACACGGGCUGGGUUUGGCGGUGGCUUGUGUGUCGACUACCCCAACUCGAGCAAGAAGAAGAAGUUCUACCUAAUCCUCUUCGCCGGCCAACCCAUAGUCGGCGGCAAACCCCAACCCAUCUCCGUCCCUCAAGGCCUGUCAGACGAGCCCUCGACCGUCUCAUACGAGAAGAAGCGUGCGGAUGCCGAGACGCGCAAGAAGCUCAGUCGGAAGGGCAAGGGCAAGCGCGGGUUGAAGGGUGGGGAGGGGGCGAAGGAGUUUGUGUUGAGGAAGAAGGAACUGUAUAGGCAGAAGGGCAAGGAGGGCGUGCCGAGGGACUCGAAGUACACCGCCCGUCAACGGAAACCUCGCUUCUGA